AUGGAGGGUGAGGUGGAAGCAAAAGCAAAUGGCAUCAUGAGGUGUGAGGCGAUACGAAGAGAAGAGAGUUUGGAGGAGCAACCAUGUCAUGUCACCAGACAUCAGAAUCAGAUGAAGGUUGUGCUGUGUUAUUACCUCUGCAAGAUCUGCAUGCAGAUUCUAUAG